AUGGUCGAAAAAGUAUCCAUCAAGCAUGAAAUCAACUACAAUCCUAAACCUGAAGACGCAGGACGAAUCAAAGUCUAUGUGAGUAUCCUAAUGUCGGAAGAUCCUAUAAGAGAUCGUCGACCAAUACUAACAUUCUCUUUGCCUGCCAAAGAAUUUCGGGAUAGCUUCCCGAGUUAUAGAUGGGAACAACUGAAUUGCUUAGAGGACGAUGAACGUAUCGAUGUCUCUCAGGUUGAUUUAGCGAGGAGGGAACUCAGUAGACUUGUCACCCACCUCAUGUUAUACUUGCAUAACUAUCAAGAUUGUGCUCUGUCAAUUUAUAUUACCUUUAAGUUCAUUAGUCGUACUCGUGUUAGGAUUCUUGAACAGUGUGUACUAUCGGAAAUGACGACGACGUCGAGGAUAUUCGAAGACGAAAAGGAUAUGUGGCUCCCAGUCGAUGAGAGCGUAAUGGGCAUCGAAGAGCCUAACUGGAACAUCUUUCACUUGUAG